AUCUAUUUGUGUCAUUUUUCUACUUCACAUUACUUUCCCAUCAUGAAGACCACGGGGAUGUUUGUUGGCUUCUUUGAUGUCACAGUUCUGUGUCUUAUCUGGCUAACAAAGCAUACAGUGGACUCGGUUCAGCUGUCAGCCCCAGAGAAGGUAACUGCACCAUACGGAGGAUCUGUGACAGUCUCUUGUCAGUAUGAGCAUCAGUUCAGAGAAAACACAAAGUACUGGUGCAAAGGACUGGUGUAUGACCUGUGUACCAUAGUGGUGAAAACACCCAAGAACCGACCCAGUAACAGAAACUCCAUUGCUGAUGAUAAGGAGGCAGGAGUCUUCACUGUAACUAUGACUUCACUCAGAGACAGUGAUGAAGAUUUCUACUGGUGUGUCAUCGCCACAUCUGGAAGGAACAUCUACAGUCGUGUCAGGCUCUCAGUCUCCCACACAGUGGUAACAACUAACGUCACCACACCAACCACUUCCUCAUUGGAACAUGAUGAAAUGCGAUGGUGGGCGACUCUACGUUGGAUCCUCUUUAUUUUAAUGUUGUGUAGUCUGGCAUCAAUACACAUCGCUGUGUGGAGGAUAAAAGGUGCCAGGAAAAUAUGUGUGCAACAAUUUCAAUAUCAAAACUCAAACAUUUAUGACUGAAAGUUAGGUAACACCAUGAGUGUAAAUCAUGGGUGAAUUAUAAAUGUGUUAAUACUAAGGUUACAAAACCAUUCCUCCAGAGGACUCUCUAUCAGUGUGUGAAUUAAACCAAAAAACAAACCAAGUGAAAAAUUGGCUUUCAGCCACUUUUUUCCCUUGUAUUUAACUGAUUAAAACCUCAUUAAUUUCAGUGUCCAGGGCCUAAGAUAACUUUGGGCUCAACUGAAUAUCCAAAAUUAGUACCUCUGGAGAACUGAGGCUCUUGGCCUUUAUUUAAUUUAUCUGCAGAUCGUAUAUGAAUGGUCAUAAAGGUGGUGUUCAUUUGCAUUUAACCACCAGUUUCUAGGGGUUCUUCUAAAUCUGUCAGUGUUGUACUCCAAAGAUCUGAAAAUAGAAGGCAGAAUAAAAAUCACUUCAUGCAUAAAUGAAGGCCUGUUUUUUGUGAAAUGUUGCUAUGACAUUGAAUAGUGGUGAUGUACUCCCCUGUUUUUCAGUAAUUUAAGGAAGGAUCACAGAGGCAUAGUUUCCUCACAUUAAUAGACACACACACACACACACUGACUUAGAAAAUCACACCUACAUCUGAGAUGGAGUGUUUCUGUCCAAGAUAAUUUAUGUAAACUGUUGAUUUUCAGUUACAAUCAAAGGUAAAUUAUGUUUUAAUUCCCCUGAAAAUGUUAUAUAUUAUAUUCUCAAAGAGAGGCGGUGAUGAUUUAUGAUCCUUGCCAAGCAGAUUGCAUUACCCUGCUGCAAGAAGUUGGAUAAUUGUGUCUGCUGGUCAUAGAACAGCAUACAGACUAGUAUUAACAGUUUAUUAUCCACACUUGUAUAAUAUAAUGCAAUAACCCUGCAUUUAAUCUUAUUUCUGUGACGCAUGUGAUGUUCAGUUUAUGCAUAUCAGAGAGGUAGUGAAGUAUUUAGUCUGUGGUGAUGCUGUAUUGGUUUGCAUUAUAGAUUGUUUUUGAUAUUUCAUCAUUCUCGUAUAUGUAAUUGGGAGUGGGCAAACCUUUAGAAACAACCUUGACUUGUCAUAGUAGGAGAAGAACAGGUGUUACUUGUAACAUCAAUGAUGGCUCAGUUCUGUUCAAGUGUCCCAGUAAGCCACAAGAACAAUGGCAGGACCCUGAAACUGAAGCAAGUAAAUGGAAUUCAGCUAUCAUUAUUGAUUUUAUAAUUUACACCUAUGCUUUUCCCUCUGUGACAUUUCAAAACAUCUUCUGUGAAAAAGGCCAAAAGCAAUGUAGCUAAAGUCCAAACAUAUUAUAGAAUUAUGUCAACAACCAGAUAACAAAACUGGUGUAAAGAAAUUGUAAUGUAUUCAUUUCGGCGCUAAGACAUAUGGGGAACAAGGGAGUAACAAUUGGCAAUUUUAGAGCAAAGGAUAAAUAAAUCAUACUCUUAUUUUUAAAGGUACCCUGUAUUUUUGUAAAUACAAUGAAUACUACUGGAGAAACAAAACUGAAAUUUGUGGAAAACUGUGUUAACAACCUUGUUCUUAAGGGAGAGCAGUCGACACUUGAUAUUACAACCCAAAUACCUUGUUCUUACUGUGUAAUGUAAAAUAACUGUUGAAGUUUAUUAAGAAACAUUAUUGCAUGUAGAUGGGAGAAAAUACAAUAUAAUAGAGGGGUAGCUACUCAAAUUUUACAGGUGACAGUUACGCUUCAGGGAUUUAUUAAUGCCUCUCGUACUUUAUUGUAUGUGUUAAUAUUCAAAGGACAUACUGCAUGUAUCAUAAGGACAAGUCAAGAAAUGGAUCUACAUUUAUGAAAAUUUGCUCCUAACAGGAAUGUUAGUCCAGAACUGCAGCUGCUCAUAACAUUUUCAGUGGUGUAGAAAACAAAUGUAUCCUUCCUCAAAUGAACAACUAUGGAAGGUUUUUAUUGUCAACC